AAAUCAAGAUUUCUUGAACCUAUACCCGAAGAGGUUGAUGACAGGAUGGCAGACCUAAUCGAUGAUAUGACCGAAAAAGAAUUAUUUAACAUGUCAAUGCGCAGAAGAUUAAAUAUAGCAAAAAGUAUUGUAAGGAUAGAAGAACAACCGGCUAUAGAUCAGUUGAUUAGGCAGUUUAAUGAUGAUUAUGAGGAUCCACCACCACCAAUGAUGUUCACAUGA